AUGUUCAAUAUUGACAUCACUAAAAUAUGGGGAGAACAAAUCCUGAAGUUGCUGUUUUAUAUCUUCUCUGGACAUGGGCUGGUGGUGUACUGUGUGAUGCUGGUGUCAGUCACCGUGGGAGAUGUGUGCUGUAUGAUGCUGGUGUCAGUCACUAUGGGAGACGUUUGCUGUAUGAUGCUGGUGUCUGUCACUAUGGGAGACGUCUGCUCUAUGAUGCUGGUGUCAGUCACCAUGGGAGACGUGUGCUCUAUGAUGCUGGUGUCAGUCACUAUGGGAGACGUGUGCUGUAUGAUGCUGGUGUCAGUCACUAUGGGAGACGUGUGCUGUAUGAUGCUGGUGUCAGUCACCAUGGGAGACAUGUACUUUUUGCCAGAGUGUUUCACAGCCAGAGUUCCUGGAAUGUCGGCUGGAGGCAUAUUUGGAACACAAGUGCAACUUCCAUCUCUGUGCCUGCCUCCCCCCUUCCCGUCCCCAUACACUGAGAGCGCAGGGGCUUCCUCUGCCAGGCCCGUGUUACUGAGCACGCUCAGAGAAGCCCUGCUCAGCGCAUCUGCUCUGCUGUCAGCGCAUCAGAUCUGUCUCGGGUUACGGAGCACACGAGUCCGAGCGGCACACAGUCACUCGAUACAGCUGCAGCCAGCGCACGGCAAGCCUGCUCAUGUCAGAACACGCACCUGCAGGGACCAGGACCUGUCCGAGGCUCUGGACUCUUCGGCCUGUGACCUGGAGUCUGACGGGGGCCUCAUUCAGGCCCAAGACCUGCCCCCUGCAGAGAGGGCCAAGCUAUGGAAGAUCGCUCUGAACGUGGCCGGAAAGGGAGACAGCCUGUCCUCGUGGGAUGGGGCCCUGGACCUGCCAGAACAGACGCUCAUUCACAACCGCAGUCAGCAGCUCAUCGAUCAGCUUGGGCUUCCCGAAGAGGAGACCAGGGACCUGGUGUCUGACGUGGAGGCCGUCAUCACCUUCUACUGCAAGUCUCGCAACGUCACCUUCACGCCGGACCUGAGCUGGCCACACCUGCUCAAACCACUCCUGGGCCUGCAGCUGCCCCGCAGCGACCUCUACAACUGCUUCUACGCAGCCAUGAAUAAAUACAUCCCACGAGACUGUGUGCCAAAGGGUCGGCCUUUCCACCUGUACCGACUACUGCUGCAGUACCACGAGCCAGAGCUCUGCUCCUUCCUAGACACCAAGAAGAUCACACCAGACUCCUACGCCAUCAGCUGGCUGGGUAGCCUCUUCUCCAGUCACUGCCUUCCUGACGUCACCCAGGCCAUGUGGGACAUCUACUUCCAGCAGGCCGACCCCUUUCUCAUCUUCUUCCUCAUGCUCAUCAUCCUCGUUAACGCCAAAGACGGCAUUCUUGGACAUGAAGGGGACAGCAAAGAGGAGAUCAUUAAAAUGCUGGAGGACUCCCCGGGUCUCCUUGAGGCGGAGGACCUGGAGGAUCUGUUCUCCCUGGCGCAGUAUUACCACAGCAGGACUCCGCUGUCAUUCAGAAAGGAGAACCAGAACCUCUUUGGCAGCAGUCUGGUGGCGCUGAGGGAGGAGGACAUGGACCUGAGCCAGGCGCUGUGUCUUCCGGUGUCUGUGCCCGAGAUCCUCCAGGCCAACCAGGCCAACCAGCUCCAGACGGAGGGAGUGCGCUUCUUCGUGGUGGACUGCCGCCCUGCGGAACAGUAUAAUGCAGGCCACCUCUCCACAGCGUUCCAUCUCGACUCUGACCUGAUGCUGCAGAACCCGUCGGAGUUUGCCCUGUCGGUGAAGUCCCUGCUGGAGGCGCAGAAGCAGUCCCUGGAGUCGGGCUCCAUCGCCAGCGGGGAGCACCUGUGCUUCAUGGGCAGCGGGCGCGAGGAGGAGGACAUGUACAUGAACAUGGUGCUGGCCCACUUCCUACAGAAAAACAAAGAGUAUGUCAGCAUUGCCAAAGGAGGCUUCAUGGCUCUGCAGCAGCACCUGGCAGACAUGAACGUGGAAGGGCCUGACAACGUGUACGUCCACUGGAUAGUCAGCACCUCCGGCUCCCACAACAGCCUCUGCUCCCCAGAUAGUGAUGGCCUGAAUAGCACAGCUGAUGGCAAAGGGGUCAAGUCCCUGGUCAACAAGAUGACCUUUGCAUUCAAAUCCAAGUCGGUGAAUGUGAAGGAGAAGAUGAUCAGCUUCAUUGAGAACACUGCCACACCUGUGGACAGAAUGUCUUUCACUCUGCCCUGGCCAGAGAAGGGGAUUCCCGAUCGACAUGUGAGCAGUAGUGACCGGGUGGGAAAGCCAUACAGAGGAGUCAAACCAGUGUUCAGUAUCGGCGAUGAGGAGGAGUAUGACACAGAUGAGAUUGACAGCUCGUCGAUGUCAGACGAUGACCGCAAGGAGGUCGUGAACAUCCAGACGUGGAUCAACAAGCCCGACGUGAAGCACCAUGUGCCGUGUAACGAGGUGAAGGAGACGGGCCACAUGUUCCCCAGUCACCUGCUCAUCACCGCCACGCACAUGUACUGCCUGAGGGAAAUCGCCUCGCGCAAAGGCUUCGCCUACAUCCAGUCCAGGCAGGCUCUGAGCUCGGUGGUGAAGAUCACCUCCAAGAAGAAGCAUCCGGAACUCAUCACGUUUAAGUUCGGCAACAAUAACUCCGCAGGGGUGGACAUUGUGGCCGUAGAGAGGUAUCUGAUACCCAAUGCUGGGGAUGCCACCAAGGCCAUCAAGCAGCAGAUCAUGAAGGUGUUGGAUGCCUUGGAGAGCUCGUAGAGGCCACACACACAGCAGCAGAAGAGGCAGCAGCGACCUCUGCUGGCCAUGCAGGGGAACUGCAAUAGGACAAACCACCUUGGCCAAGGGGCGCUUACUCAUUGUGUGUUUGUGUGUGUGUCUCUCUCUGACUCCUCUCCAGGACUGUGCAAACCCAGCAGAGUUGAUUAUUAACCCCCCCGGCCCCGGCCCCCACCUCACCCCUCCCUUGGGGUGCUGGACAGACAGGAACUGUUGGACAGCAGGGCUGUGGGGGGGGGGGGGGACAAGGCUCCUCUCCUCUGUAUAUGACCAAUUAUAACAGAAAACAAGCUGAACUGACGCAGGCGUUUUUGUUUUGUUUUGGCCCUCCUUUCAGCUUUACCUGGCCACUAAAUUGGCGUUCAGUAUGUGGGCAUAUGAAUUGCAGUGGUGAAGAUCCCUGAACACCUUUCAUUAGCCUUAACCAACUCACCACUGGUAGAUUGAUGCCCACCCCCAAACCCCUUUUGUUAACAGAGAAAUGUCUCCCAACAUCAAGAGAAGUCCAGUUCAAUCAAGGACAUCAUCAGUAUUCCCUUCCCGGAUGUAUUCGACACUUCUGUAGCCAUAUCAGAAAGAUAGCACAAUGUGCUGCAUGACAUUGUAUUUGUUCAAAGCUGGAUGUGUAUUUAUUUGGCCAGUGUUGAAAGUGUGAUUUCAAUUGAGGGUUGGUUGAUGGUGGAAUGCUGACGUCUCCCAUUUAAAUUGAAUGGACCAGGUAGCCUUCUAGAGGGUCUCGGGACGGUAUACAUAGGAACAGGUAGGCUUCUAGAGGGUCUUGGGGACGGUACACAUAGGAUGGCACUCCCUCUUGGACUUGGUGUACACUCAAAUAUUCAAUCUCAUAAACUCUCUAAUGUCUUGUUUGAACACUCUCCAUUUAUUUCAUGUAAACUAUGUUUGAUACCCACCCUCCAUGUUCUGCUCCUGCAAAUAGCCUUAAAUACAAUAGGAAGUGGAAUGAUUUGAGAAAGUAUAUUGGUAAAUAUAUAUAUAUAUUGUAUAUACUGUAAAACUGCCUGGCUGUCCUCAUGAAAGGAGGCCAAGGUUCUGAAAGAUGGCGUGUUUAAAAAAGUACUGUUGACUGAGUUAGGCAAACAGUGGUUGAUCGAUUAUUAUGUAAACGAGACUCAGCUGGAGGACAUGUUUCCUGUCAUAUUUAUAAACCUUUUCGUAAGUGGAUUCCUGACACCAUUUCCCAACUACUUUCACAUCGGUUCAUCUUUCACCGCUGGCAGUCUGGUAACCAUGGAAAUAAAAACCUGUAUAAAAUGUGACCGGAGAAAAAUGCAAAUUGCCUUUGGAAUGAGAAUUUUGCCAUAAAUCACUCUGACAAGAAAAGCACAUUCUGUGAAACUGAGAAUGUUAACUUGAACUUUACAAUUAUCUUUCUAUUCCUUUUCACCCCGGAACCUGUUUGCUGCUCUUAUAAAUGUUGACCAAAAUGUUUUUUUUUUUUUUUUUCAGUUUUCUCACGCUACGCAAAAGGCUGUGAAAAAUAGAGGAUGAAAUUGCUAUAGAAAAUUGAUUUGGCCUCCUCACCCUUCCAAGAUUUGGUAAAAAAAGAAAGAAGGUUUUUUCGAAACAUUUUCAAAUGGAGCUUGGCAAAUAAGCUCCGUCGUGUAAAACUACUUCCUGCAUUGGUUUUCUGUUCGACGCACCUUAUGCUGUUAUUUUUUGUAACCACUUUUAAUAAAUUUUCAACUCAACUCCCAA